AUGCUGCCCGGUUCCCUGGGGCGGGCGGGGCAGCGCGGCGGGCUGCGGGCCUCCCUGCGGGGCUGGCUGCUCGUUUCCCCCGGCUGGGCGCUGCUGGGGCCGGGGCCGGGACCCUGCCCGUGCCGGAGGGGGCGGCACCAGCCCCCGGGCCGCAGGGAGCCCGCUGCGCUCCUCCGGGCCGCGCGGCAGGGGAUCGGGACGCGGGCGGGGGGGCUCGGAGCUGGGAAAGCUGGCGGUGGUAGCAAACAGGUGUCCGCGCGGGGCGAUCGGAAAGAAGAAACUCUGCUGUCGGCUGCUCAGAAAGGGAAGGCGGGAUGUAGUCGCUCCUGGGUGGGAUAUAUGCCGGGCGAUACUCGGAGAGUGAAAGAAGCUGGAAGAGACUUUACCUACUUUAUUGUGGUUCUUGUUGGAAUUGGUGUUACAGGUGGUUUGUUCUAUGUGAUUUUUAAAGAGCUAUUCUCUUCUUCUAGUCCAAGUAAAAUCUAUGGAGAUGCCUUGGAGAAGUGCAGAUCUCAUCCUGAGAUCAUUGCUGUUUUUGGUGAAUCUAUUAAAGGUUAUGGAGAGGCCACAAGAAGAGGAAGACGACAGUUUGUCAGUCACGUUGAAUACGUAAAGGAUGGACUGAAACAUAUGCGUUUGAAAUUCUAUAUUGAAGGCACUGAAUCAGGGAAACGGGGAACAGUCCACAUGGAAGUCAAAGAGAAUCCUGAGACAGGAAGAUUUGAGGUCCGCUACAUAAUUGUGGACGUUGACACCUAUCCUAGAAGAACCAUUGUUGUAGAAGACAACAGAUAG